AUGAGUAUUGGGACCUACCAGUAUUUCGCCCAUGAGGUCUUCCAUGAAUUCUACCUCACUCUUACCUCCGAAGGUCUACGGGAAUUAGAGUACGUGGCCCAUGACGAGAUCUUCAGCCAACAUGUUGAAAGAUUGUGGAUUGUCCCCAGUCUUUUCAAAGCUGAAUAUACCUGGACACCUGAUGAGCCCAAGGGGACGAUUGAAAUGGAGGAGUCUUUCCAAUAUCAGCGGAAAUUUCAGCAAUUUCACCGAUUGAAGCGACGAAUGCGAGCGGAUCGACUCUCCGAAGGUGCCGUGAGAAGUCCAGCGUGCUCGACGAACAACCAAUUUCACCAGCUUUACCUUGCUUCGCGUUCAGACAUACCAAUAGAAGAUCGCUAUGUGAUCUACAAGGAUGCAGUAGUCGACCACUUCCAGGUUCUUUUAUCCUCUCCGGGGGAAACAAGCACAGACAAAAGUCGCCUCCAAGAUACCCUGGAGAAUUGUCUGCCUUUGCUUUCAAAUUUGCACACGAUAGGACUGAGAUACUAUCGUCCAGACGAUGUGAUGAGGGGAAUAAGUAGUUUGCAAAGACAACUUGGCGUCAAUCCGGUCGAUCCUUUCGAUCCUUGGGAAGGAUAUGGUAAGCCCUAUGCUGAACGCUGCAGUAUUCUUCGAGGCAGUUUAUUCCAGUCCCAUGUUUUCUCCACCCUUUUGGCAGCUGUCGGCACGACCCAUACUCGUAUCGCAGCGCUCGAGACUUGUGGCGGAAUGAUGGUGGAUGAUGGAUUAUCAGUCACACCAUCAGUGGAAGAAGCCUUGGUCCCAAUAUUUCAACAACUACAGCGCCUUCGGGUUUAUAUUUCGUCGGCCCAUACCCAAGACAGUGACCGGCAAAGUUUAUGCGAAGAUGAAGCAGAGGUCGCAUUUCUCCUGCAGCACUCAGCGAUCUGGGAGGAAAGGAAGAAUUGCCCCGAAAUAAAGAAGAACAGGCUGCUUCCUCUCCUUGCUAAGGCAGCUCCAGGAGUACAAAAUCUGGAUCUAACGAUGCAUCCCACUACAAGAGUAUCUUCGCUCUGUCAGGAGAAACAUGGUCUCGACCUGACAGAUGCACACUUCGACUGGAUCUCGCAACAUUUCAAGUUUUCUCGUCUAUCGGUCUUGUCGCUGAAAAGUAUCAUAACCACCGUUUCAUCCUUCAAGGCGUUCCUCAAAACGGCCUUACCCACGCUGGAACAUUUGACUCUCGACUAUAUCACUUGGACAAGUGAUCUCGAGAUCCCGUUAUUCUAUCGAGACGAAGGCGUGCGGGUCUGCCGAGAGGUGCUUACUUACCUACGUGAUCACUCCAGAGUACAAUGCCUUUCAAUCGGUACCUGGUCAUAUCACAAAUUCCCCAUCGAGGUGGCCGACCAUUUCCAUACUCCAUCACCUCCGCCCAUCCCAUCACCUCCGCCCAGACCACGACCUCGUCGAACCAUUCCUUACAGUUACUGGAAGCGUUAUGACCAAAGACAGGACGCGAUUUCCUUUGUAGAGUGGAUCGACCAACUCGUCGUCCGUGCAGACCGGCUCUCAUCAAUUCCACUACUUUACUAG